UCUUUUAUGGAACAUAAAGAAGAACUUCCCUUAAACGUCCGACCAUCACGUCAUGGAAAGACUUACUUUGUUGCGGCUCGUUGCGGGUUCUUUACCAGGAAAAGUGGCCGGUGAUGAGAGCUGAUUCCGGGGAAACAUCGGAGUGUUUGUUUUCCACCGAGGAUCGAGUGAAGACGCGCAGGAACCUUUUAACAAGGAAAACGCUGCAAGUUUGGGAACGAGGCUCGGAUCGCCGAUGCCAUGACGCACCCGUCUGUUUUUCUCCUCUCCGGGUGUCGGUCCUGGGAAUGUGUUUAUCACGGAUUGGACUCGGGUUCCUCGAUGGGAAGCGUCUGAUUAGUGAACGUCAGUGACCACCAGCAAACGUUUGGAGGAUUCAAACCUCUCGUGCAGUUUUGGGUUUGAACGUGUAGUAUUUUAAUGUGAAAGUGGAAACAUGGUUCCUUUGUGAUAAAGAGCAAAUAUUUGUAGUUAGAUCAACAGUUGGUGGCCUUGAAGCGCUGUUUCUCACUAGUGGUAAACUUCAACUGGAUGUCUGGAACUCCUGUCCUGAUAGCAGUCACAUUUAAAAGUGCUGUAGGGCUGCCCCUAACCCGGGCAGCAUGUGCAUGUAGAAGUUAGUGGUGUAGAGCCUGUUGGAGUGUAAACAUGUCUUUAAAGGCUGUGGCCGUUUACACCUUUCUAAGUGAAAACAAAGAAGAGAUUAGCAUCCAGGAGAAUGAGGAGGUGGUGAUCUUUGAUGAGAACACGGUGGAUGGCUGGUUCCAGGGGGAGAACAGCCGAGGGGAGAGGGGGCUCUUCCCAGCAUCUUAUGUGAAAAUUAUUCGCACUCGUUCAAACUCCAACAUGACUGAUUGUUCCAUAAGCCCAGCAGGCUCUUUAGGAAAUGACUCCUCCGAUCUACCAUCCACGCCAAACACUUCUUUUAAUUCUGGGAAGAUUUAUGACGAGGAUGAUUACGAUGACUGGGACGACUGGGACGACAGGUCUACUGUCGUGGAUGAUGCUGAGAACUUCAGGGGUCCCGGGGCUAAUGGACAUGCCUACCAGGCCCAAAUGUCCAACAGUCCCAAUAUGCACUACAGGAACAAGUCAGUAUCUGGACCAGACAGCAUCUCCAGCUCCAGGAAGGGCAGCAUGGUGGGCAGGAACCUGAACAGGUUCUCCAGCUUUGUCCGCUCAGGUGUAGAGGCAUUUGUGCUGGGGGAUGUGCCCAUGAUGGCUAAAAUUGCUGAGUCAUAUACCAUUGAGAUGGGCACACUGGGGCCUCAGUGGAAGGACAGCCCUCAGCCGUUCACUUGUUCCAUUGAAGACCCAACCAAACAGACAAAGUUCAAGGGCAUCAAGACCUACAUAUCAUAUCGAGUCACGCCAAGCCACACAGGGCACCCUGUCUACAGACGGUACAAACAUUUCGACUGGCUUUACAACCGUUUACUCCACAAGUUCACUGUGAUCUCUGUGCCUCACCUCCCCGAGAAGCAGGCCACGGGCCGGUUUGAGGAGGACUUCAUUGAGAAGCGUAAGAGGCGCCUAGUAUUGUGGAUGAACCACAUGACCAGCCACCCAGUCCUCUCCCAGUAUGAAGGCUUUGAGCAUUUUCUGAUGUGCACUGAAGAUAAGCAGUGGAAACUGGGUAAAAGGCGGGCAGAGAAGGAUGAGAUGGUGGGUGCCCACUUCAUGCUGACCCUUCAAGUCCCCACUGAGCACCAGGACCUGCAGGAUGUUGAGGAGAGGGUGGACAACUUUAAAAGUUUUGCCAGGAAAAUGGACGACAGUGUGUUGCAGCUCACAAAUGUCGCCUCAGAGCUAGUGCGUAAGCACUUGGGUGGAUUCAGGAAGGAGUUCCAGCGCUUGGGAAAUUCCUUCCAGUCUAUUAGCCAGGCGUUCACUCUGGACCCACCCUACAGGUCAGACACCCUCAACAACGCCAUCUCCCAUACUGGACGCACGUACGAAAACAUCGGAGAGAUGUUUGCAGAGCAACCAAAGUACGACCUCUUCCAUAUGCUGGAUAAGCUGUCACUCUACCAAGGCCUGCUCGCAAACUUUCCUGACAUCAUUCAUCUACAGAAAGGUGCCUUUGCCAAGGUGAAGGAGAGCCAGCGGAUGAGCGAUGAAGGAAAGAUGGACCAGGCCGAGGCAGACUGCAUCAGGAAACGCUGCCGGACAGUGGGGUUCGCCCUCCAAGCCGAAAUGAGCCACUUCCAUCAGCGAAGAGAGGUGGACUUCAAAGACAUGAUGCAGGCCUACCUCAGGGAGCAGAUAGACUUCUACCAGCGGAUUGUCCAGCAACUGGAGCGCACUCUGCGCAUGUACGACUGUCUUUAGAGACUCCACACCGUCCUCAAUGUCAACAUCUCAAAAAGAGACAAGAUCAAUGGUUUACAGUGGUUUCCUUCAUUUGAUGCAAUCAGAGCAAUCUUCUCUGCUUUGUUUUCUGAGUUACACGUCACAUAACUGCAGGUGUAUGAGGUUCCUAAUGGUUUUAUGAUUGAAGGCAUUGUUGUGGAACAUUCCCUCAUGCACUUUGAUUUCUUGAUCUAAAUUAUAGAAUAGGUCUAAAAGCCUGAAAAUACACCACAAUACAGUAAUAAUUAUUAUUUUAUUGUUCUGAUCAAAUGGAAUUGGAGCGUUACCGAGGACGCCCAGCUCAGGAGUAUCUAUAUGUAUCAACCAAUCAGAAAGGCCUCUGCAACUGGUCUAGAGAAGAUACCACUCUAAGGGCUUUGGGACCAGUUUGCACAUGUUUUCUAAUGUGGGUGGGUGGGUGGGUUUAUGUUCUGUAGGUGGAGGUGGAUCAUGGGUCUAAGGAACAUGUAAAAGUGUUUUUCCAGGGGCAUUACUCAGCCUUAAACAGCUCUGUACAGCGCUGGUGAGUCAGCCACUGGGGGGGGGGGGGAUUUUUUUUACUUAUGAUAAAAUAACAUGAGGUGAUCAGUAAACAGUGUCAUGUAAUUUGUAUGUUCCAUAGAAACAACUGGUGGUGUUGCUGGACAUUGUGCUCAGUUUUAUGGCUUUUUGUCAGAAUCUGAACCAGGAAAUGGCUGCAGGCAAUGAAACAGAAGGCAAGAAAAUCCGGAGCAACCAGUGACUCCGCCCCCUAGCCAGUCAGUGACCAGAAUCACGAUGUCGGCCAGACUCGGCCUUGCCAGGUACAUUAACGGAGCAGGGACUAAAAACGGGAGAAAGUAGAGGGAACAUACCGAACCCUGCCCUUGGGAACAGUGGUCAGGCCGAGAUGACGUGAGUAGUGCUCCUGGGAAAAACACCUUAAAGGGUCCGGCUAGCCAGUUCAAGGCGUCUGAUGUUUCUGUGGUGGAAGAAAGAAAUGAUGUGGAACAGCUCCUUUCCUGUUGUUUUUCAUCAGAUCAGAUAAUAAUGACCACGCCGCUGAGCUGCGACUGCUGGAGACAACAAAUGAUAGAGUUCCUGUAUGGCCUCGGACACAUGUUGAUGUCAGUUUUAAUAAAGUUUUCUCUAAAUAUCCCUAAAGGUAGAGUCAGCAGACACACAUCUGCAGAUUCAGCACCUCAUACAGAAAAGGCCAGAAGUAGAAACCUAAAAAUCAUGAGAAGAAAAGAGUUGGACCAGCUGAUCUGUGAUUCAGAACUAGCUGUUCUGAAAAGUCAGAGCCGGAACUCGUAAAACGACCAAUCAGUGCUUUAGGGUUACGGGAGUGAUGCUAAUCUGAGAUGAGGCUUCAGCCAUCAACUGGUUGUGUAACAAACCAUUUCAGCCUCCAUUCCGUCUGCCCCAGACUUGUAGUUACAUGAAAGGCUUCGGCAACCAUAAGGAAUGUUUUUGUUAUCCCGAAAUAUGACUCCUACAGCUGGAAAUUUCAGAUUCCCUCACCAGCACAGAGCUUUGACUGAAAGCCUAGAACAUAUUCCUUUUAAUUCCCUGUUUUUUCAGUCAGUUUAGGUCUAAUUGGUGGGUGGGGGGUUCCCUUGGGACAGGGUAACUGUUAGGGUUAGGGUAGUUUGUUCCCAGAGAAACUAUUCCAGUCUCCAAAGACUCGGAUGCUUGAUCAGACAUUUCCGACACGGAUGUGUGGCUCGAGCUGCAGGAGCUUCCAUCCUUUAGCUACAGACACAGUUGGUGGUUUCCAGCUUAUCAGAUGAUUUAAAGAAAUAAAAUCAUUCAUCUUAAUAAAAUGUAACAAACA